GGUAUAGUAUGGUUAUUUUACACCUAUGCUCUUAACGGCGGAGUUUGACUGACAUCUGGACUAAAAAUUUGGGGGAAAACGAUUUUCGCCUAUAGAACAGAAAAGGGAGAAAAACUCACCCAGACCCAUCUUUUCACUCAAAAGAGCUAAGUCAGUAAAAAUGUCUGCUCUUCGACAUGCAGCUUUCAGGGGCUGCAGGUUUUUGCUUGAGGCAGCAAAAGCCACAACCCGAUCUCCCAAAGCAGCAUCUUCUUCUGCUUCCAAGAAUAAGGCUGCUGCUACAACCUCGAAAUCGUCGACAUCAGCAGGGAAGCAGGGUCGUUCUCCUUCGGCUCGACCCACUGGUCUUCUUAAGGUAACCCCUGUUUCGCCGACACUUCAUAGCUUUCUUGGAGUUUCUGAGACUUCUCGCGGCGAUGCUGUCAAGAAAAUCUGGGAUUACAUCAAACUCCACAAUCUUCAGGACCCCAUGAAUAAGAGGGAAAUCAAUUGCGAUCACAAGCUCAAAACAAUAUUUGGAGGGAAGGACAAAGUGGGGUUUCUAGAGAUUUCCAAGUUGCUGUCUGCUCAUUUCGUGAAGCCUAACUGAAGUAGUCGUCAAAUCAUCCAUGCUCGACUCUUGAUAUUGUACAUAAACUACUUUGCCUUCUUGACAUUAAACUCUGAUUUGCAAUUUGUGUGCUUAGUUUUCUAGAUGGACAUCUUGUAAAAAGUAAAGUAGGAAGAAGCAGAAAGACUAUUGGCUCUUUAACAAUGUAUGUUCAUUUCUUACUUCAGUGAAAUGUAAUGAAUGCUUUUCCUGUA